AUGCCGACCUCUCCAGCGCCAUACCAACCAGACUCUCAUCCACAACAAUUAACACCUUCUCCUCCUUCUACUCGACCUCUGUCACCACUGGACAUCCCAGAGCUACUCGAACUCAUCUUCUCCUACAUCAACGGACAUACACUCAGGAUAUCCGUCCUUGUCUGCCGACAAUGGUAUCGCCUAAAUCAAGACCGUCUGUUCCGAGAGGUGAUUUGGGACAUCAAUUGGAAACCCUCUGCACCGAAACAAGCCCUGAAGCAAUUACCCGGUGCCGGACGAUUGGUUUUGAGCUGCAGCCAGGAAGCCCUUGAAUGGCGUGGUCCCGAUCUGCAUAAUGCCCUCCUGACCCUCCAGACACCCGCACGCCAAUGGACGACAAACUCAUCCUUGGCCUGGUAUCGAAACUCAGUAACAGCGACAACGGCGACAGAAUUUGAUAACUACAGUCUUCUUCGAGAAUUGGUGCUCACAGUGGGACUCAACUUCAAGGACACAGCGAUGGAUGUCUUGCCAUUCCCUCCAUCAUUGACCAGCCUGACCAUUCACCAAGACAUGCUGGUUUCUCUCGACAUUGGGAGAAUUCUGGCUAUUUGCCCGCUCUUGAGGACCUUGCACCUAUCAAGCAAGGUCGUGAUGGUAUUCCGAGGACCGUACACGAGUCAAGGAAAGGGUACUCUUCAAGAUCCAUUGCCGUUGCGGUCCCUGGUUCUCCAACAUCCCGCAGUCCGCCAAUCAUGGAUGGAGGACUUGCUGACGAUCACUCCCCAUCUCCAGGAACUCCAACUUAUCAACGUCAAGGGCUACAACGGCGCACCUUGGCAUAGCCCUCGGUUCCGCAACUACCUUCAGGGUCUUUCUCUCGGCCACCUCAGGCAGUUCCAUUUCUCGCAGCAUUGGAGCAGUAUCGACGAACCCGACCAAGCAGAGAUGGCUUUUGCGAUUUGCCCCCUGGCAAAGGAGCGGUCUUUUCUCUGCUAUGAUAUGACGCCGGAGAUCGUCGGCAGUUUGACAGGGCAGUCAAUCAUGUUGACGACUCUCGAGAUUCACCUGCCCUUUGACUCAUACUGUUAUCGAGAUGGCUGGAGGCGGGACACCAAUGAUCACGGAUAUCAGUACUCGGCACGACUGUUACAUCAACUUCUCUGUGAAUGCUCCAACCUUCGACACCUCAGGACGCUCAAGAUACCCUACAUGACCUAUUGGAUGGACAUUCACCACCGCCUCGGCUAUUUCUCACCCGCAGAAGGAUAUGGCCCUUCACGGUCUUCGGUAAUGGCUGUGCCUGGGAUCUGGAUCUGUCGAGGACUGGAGACAUUGGACCUGGACCUACACCUUCAUGAGCGCGCAAGAGUGCGAGGAGACUUGCAUCUGAGAAUCGCUUAUGGAUAUGUCGCCCGAGUCUGCACACACUUACAGGACCUUCGGAUUUCGUUUCCGAUCAACUGUCCCUACCCACCUGGUGAUCCAGAUUGGGGUUACAGACCGUUUGGUCUGAGCGGGGGGAUGUGUUUACUUUCGAGACUGGCGCGUUUGAAGCGUCUCAGGAUAGAGAACAGGGAUGGACCUGUCGAUUGCCAGCUCGCAGAGUUGAACUGGCUGUGUCGAUCUGGACGGAUGGAGGAGCACAGAGCGAGGAGGAGGACGAUUGUUGACGACUGGAAAGAAAUUUAUGAAAGAGAGGCUGAUGUAGAGAGUGUACGUUUGUCGGGCGUCGCCGGUUUGCCUAUAAUCUUGCUUGGAUCAGGACGUAUUGAUUUGGAGUUGAUGGAAAGUCUGAAGAACCAGGGCCUUCUUCGGGAUGUGGUAGAUGCAGUAAAAGAUAUGGACACGGAUGAGUUUGAUUGUCUACCAGAGUUGCGUCGACUUGCUUGUGGUCGUCACUUGGACCAGACACCGGAGAAGGAAAUGAGGUCGGUCUUUUAUUCUAGGCCAUCUUCAUUCGUCGUCGAAUGGCUUUCUUCAUGGGGUUGGCUUUGA